AUGGAGGUCACCCAGGUCGACGACAAGGACGUGAAGGGGAUCGAGAAAACACAUCAGAAGAGGUUCGAAAAUGACAUUGCUCAUCUAUACCCGAGUCGUUGGUGGUUUGCCUCGUCAGCAUUCCCCAUGAUUGCCGGCACCCUCGGGCCAGUUGCCUCUGCCUUUAGUAUCUGUGCCCUGGCUCGACCCUGGCGCCAACAUAUUCCCCCGGGAACUUCUAUUACCGAUGCCCCUUUCGUUGAUGAUCCUAUAUGGCUCACCGUUAUCAACGCCGUCCAACUCGUCGUCGCCGUCAUAUCCAACCUUUUCCUCCUCAUGAACAUGGCCCGGCGAAUCCGUUUCUCCAUCGCCCAGCCCGUCACCAUCGUCGGCUGGUACAUCUCGUCCAUCCUACUCCUCUCCCUCAACGCCACCGCCUCCGGCCCUCUCGCCAUGGUUCCCCCCGAGCACUACGUCCUCUCUCAAGCCUACUACUACGGCAUUUUCGCCGCCGUCCUUUACUUUGUUGUCGCCUCCCUCAUGGUUGUCACCAUCUGGGGUGCCCUCGCAAAGCACUACUCUUCCGACUUCCAGCUCACCUCGAGCCAGCGCACUCUCAUGCUCCAGACCAUCAUGUACCUGAACUACCUCCUCCUGGGUGCCCUCGUCUUCUCGGUACUUGAGGGGUGGACGUAUCUUGACGCCGUCUACUGGGCCAACACCACCCUCUUCACCAUCGGCUACGGCGACCUCUUCAGCGUCACCGGAGCCGGCCGGGCCCUCCUCAUUCCGUUUACCUUGUGUGGCAUCAUCAACCUAGGUCUCCUCAUAGCAUCCAUCCGGAGCCUGAUGCUCGACCGCAGCCUCCGGAGCCUGGACGCGCGCAUGACGGAGAAAUAUCGUCUGAGUCGCAUCCGCCACAUGAUCAAGAGCGGCAAAGAUGCCAUCCUCCAACCCAUUCUCUCUCGCCAUGGUCCCAACAACACGGAAACAGACCCAACCGUCCCAACCGUCCCAACGCACCACCCUCACCAUCAUCAACCGAACGGACCACCGAACGACGACGGAACAAAGGGUAAUGACAGCCUCGACCCCUCCCCCUCCCCCCUCCCAAAGACCGAGUACGAACGCCGCAAGCACGAGUUCCUGCUCAUGCGCCGCAUCCAACGCCGCGCCUCGCAUCGCCGCCGCUGGCUCGCCAUGUUCGUCUCCUUCACCGCCUGGCUCCUGCUGUGGCUCCUAGGCGCCAAGAUCUUCCAGGAAACCGAGAAGCACUACCAAGGCUGGUCCUACUUCGACGGCUUCUACUUCGCCUUCGUCACCCUCACCACCGUGGGCUACGGCGACCUCACCCCCGUCAGCCCCGCCGGCAGGGCCUUCAGCGUCUUCUGGUCUCUGCUCGCCCUGCCGACCACCACCGUCAUGAUCUCCAACGCCGAGGAUACCGUCGUCCUCGCCAUCAAGACCGCCACCAUCGACCUGGGCAACAUCACCAUCUUGCCCGGCGAGCAUAGGGUUCGCUACGAGUUGAAGAGAAUCCUCUCCAAGCUUUCCGGGGGCGCCUUGUUUCCCCGCCCAGCCGAGGAGGAUGAAGAGGAAUGCGUCGACGGGGAGAAUGAGAAGGAGGAUGACAACGAGAAAAAGGUUACAGCAGACAGUAGGAGAACAGACCUCGAGUCUCUUGCCCCCGGGUCUUCGACAGCAGAUCCCAUGCCGCCCUCUUCGUCUGACGCCCACCAUCAAGCCACAUCCGCCUUGGCAGCCGGUAUAUCUUCCUCCUCCGCCGCCACACCCUCACCCUCCCGUCGUCCCUCCUUUUCCAAACGCGAUCCCACCGCACCCCUCCCCUCCUCGCCCGCCGACUACCACUACCUCCUCAUCGCCGAGAUCGCCGCCGUGCUCCGCGACACCCGCCGCAAGACACCAAAACGCUACACCUUUGCCGAGUGGGCCUGGUACCUCAAACUCCUCGGCGAGGACGAGGCGAAGCCCCACACCCAUAGGAAAGCCACCGCGCAUCCCCACGACAUACGCGGCGGCGGCCUCGCCAGCCUAAGACUUCUAGACUGGUUUCGUCCAAGUCGUCAUGGGGACCAGACGGCGGUGCAUCAGCGGGGUGACGGCGGUCAAGGUAGUCAAAAUCAGAGCCAGGUCCUGAUCCAGAACCGGCAUGGCGAGGGUACCAGUCCCCCCGACGACCGUGCAGGGAGGUCCGUCAACGAGGCGGACAAGUGGUCGUGGGUAGGGCACCAGAGCCCCCUGCUCGGCAGCGAGGAGGAGAGCCAGUGGAUUUUGGACAAGUUGACGGAGAAGUUGCGCCUUGAGCUUGAGAAGGAGAGGCAUCCGAGGGAUCAACCGUAA